UAACGCAGACUCCUCUGUAUACUUGCCUUUCCAAUACACUUGCAUUAUGGUAGCGAAGCGGACUGGCGGCUUUGAAUAAUAUGCAUUUAGGACCAAUUUCAUUCACUACGUUACCCAGUCCUUCAAAUAGUAUUGUAACUGAUGUUUAUAUUCUUCCAUGUUUAUAUUCUUCCGUUCGUUUUGGAAGGUUUCAAACUCGCUUUUCUUCACACCACUGUGAGUCAAGCCUUGAAUCGCAGCAGGGGAGAAGAGCUGUCAAGAUACUUGAAUCCGUCUGGCUAGCUGGUGAUGCGUAAAGUCACUAUACCCUCGUCCAGAGCAGGGGCAUCCCCAGCUCCAGACUACUGGAUAGAUGGAUCGAAGAAGGAGACCCUGGCUGACUACUAUGAGUUGGAGUCCGAAUUGGGACGCCGUGAUGGUAUUCCCCACUGGCCGAGAGAGAGAAGAGAAGAGAAGAGAGAGAGCGAGACAGAGAGAGAGAGAAGGGGAGCGACGUCGGUGGUGUGCAGAUGUCGACAGAAGGGAACACUGAAGCCGUACGCAGUGAAAACACUAAAGAAAACAGUGGAUAAGAAGAUAGUAAGGACAGAGAUAGGUGUUCUACUUCGACUCUCUCACCCAAACAUUAUCAAACUAAAAGAGAUCUUCGAGACCCCUUCAGAGAUCAGUCUGGUCUUGGAGCUUGUGACUGGAGGAGAGCUAUUUGAAAGGGUUGUGGAGAAGGGCUUCUACACUGAGCGGGAUGCUGCUGAUGCUGUCAUACAAGUAUUAGAAGCUGUUGCAUACCUGCAUGAGAACGGCGUGGUGCACCGGGACCUGAAACCUGAGAACCUCCUAUACGCUACCGCAGCACCAGAUGCUCCCCUCAAAAUAGCUGAUUUUGGUUUGUCGAAGGUCAUCGAUGAUCAGGUCACAAUGAAGACUGUUUGUGGUACACCAGGAUACUGUGCCCCAGAGAUUCUGCGAGGAAGUGCUUAUGGACCUGAGGUUGACGUGUGGUCGGUGGGAGUUAUCACGUAUAUCUUGCUAUGUGGCUUUGAACCGUUCUUCGAUGAAAGAGGAGACCAGUACAUGUUCAAGAGGAUCCUCAACUGUGAAUAUGAGUUUGUCUCCCCCUGGUGGGACAAUGUGUCUUUCAACGCCAAGGACCUGGUGAGAAAGCUAAUUGUCCAGGAUCCAAAUAAACGGCUGACGACCUUGCAAGCGCUGGAACACCCCUGGGUGACUGGGAAGGCAGUUAACUCAGCCCAUAUGGACACUGCUCAGAAGAAACUGCAGGAGUUCAAUGCACGCCGAAAACUCAAGGCUGCAGUAAAGGCCGUGGUGGCUUCGUCACGAUUGGGCAGCGCUGGCAGUCACGGCAAUGCUGACAACAGCAAGAACAGCAACUGCAACAACUCCGCCAAUCAGAAUGAGGCACAAGAGGAGCAGCCACGCAACGACCAAUCACAGUCAAAGAUCCAGGAAGGAUCCUAACUGUGAAUCUCCUCUGUCGUUGUGACCCUGUGCAGGCAUUCUACCCUCCUGUUGGACUGUGAAAUUGCUGAGAGGAGCUAUGUGGUCUCACCUUCUGUACUGGAGAUACUCUGCCUGGCUUUAUUGCAUGUGACUGAUUUAUUAAACGAUGUACAACCAUAUUGACUCGGUACAUUGGAACAACAUGCCUACAAGUAUUUAAAGUACAUGUAAAAUCAGAGUUUACUACUGCACAUUCCCAUUUCAUAACUCACACAAGUAGCUUCAUUGGAUGGUUCAUCUCUUCCAUUAUACCAUGUUAUAACUGCAAAAUGGCCUCCAAGUGUUCCCAGUAUUCAUUUGCCAGUUUGUAAAUGAAUUCAUAACAAUUGGCUGAUUAAGGAUAGUAGGUCAUUAUGUGUUCUGGUAAUCAUCAUGCUGCUUUGGUGGCAGAAUAUAGACUGAAGAAUUGAUCUAGGUUGAUUUUCAGUACUGGUUGAGUAAGUCUACAGUAUCUGGAGAACGGGUUGGACACAUUUUCCAGGCGGUCAUAAAUGUAACCUUUAUUAUAACUUCUAAGGAGAAUGCCUUAUUGUAUCUUAUUAACUGGAUUUUACACUCCCUUUGUAAGAAAUAUUUCAUAUCUUAAGAAAUAGAAACAAUGAAAUAGAAACAUGUUAAAAUCAAUCAAUUGCACAAUAAUUGUAUUCAAAUUGACUUUCAAGGAACAUAAGGUUAUUUCAUAGUGUAGAGUUGUUUUAGCAUAAGAACUUUUCACUCUUGUAUACCAAAAUAUGUUGUGUACAACUGAAAAGGCACCCCAGUUUUUAUUGCCAAAUACACCAUUUGCAGGGAUAUGGAUAAGUAGAUAACAUUUGAUUUGAUUUAGCUAUUCAGUGCCAAAAUUGGUUGAGGCUGCUGCUUUAUUUGAUAAAAAUAUCCCACCUCUGUCAUAUACAAUUGAAGAGGCCGUAAUCUUAGUGCAAAUAUUUAUCUCUCAUUAUAAACUGGGUGGUUCGAGCCCUGAAUGCUGAUUGGCUGACAUCAGUGGUAUAUCAGACCGUAUACCACGGGUAUGACAAAACAUUAUUUUUACUGCUCUAAUUACAUUGGUAACCAGUUUAUAACAGCAAUAAGGAACAUUGGGGGUUUGUGGUAUAUGGCCAAUAUGCCACGGCUAAGGUCUGUAUCCAGGCACCGCGUUGUGUAAGAACAGCCCUCAGACGUGGUAUAUUGGCCAUAUACCACACCUCCUCGUGCCUUAUUGCUUAAUUAACCCAUUAACUGACAUGCCGUGUUAUGGAAUGAUUUUUUAAAUCUACAUAGAAAAAGCUGUAUAUUGAAUUUUAGCAUGCUUUUGCCUUCAGUAUAAAGGAAUGAUGUGGAUAAUAAUGCAUGUAGGAAUGUGGAAUUGAACUGCUGCGGUUGUCUAGAAAUGCACUAUAGUUGGCUGACAUCACAUGACGGACGUAAUCUGGCAUAGCGUCGUCCGGGUUAGGGAGGGUUUGGCCGGUAGGGAUAUCCUUGUCUCAGUAUGUAAAAAUGUAAUAAAAUGUAUGCACUCUACUGUAAGUCGCUCUGGAUAAGAGCGUCUGCUAAAUGACUAAAAUGUAAAUGUAAAUGUUAAACAAUGAAGUAUUAGAGGGCUCUAAGACAUUAACUUGAUAUUCCUUUUAUAUCCUCAAGGAAACAUUAAAUAAUUCAAUGUUGUCUUAAAAUGGUUACCAUUAACAUUGAUUUGGUAAGGACUGCAGGAUUUAAAAAAAAUAAUAAACCAUAUGAAGUUA